AUGCGUUGCUUGGCAACAGGACGCAAUGAUGCGAUGCCAUCUAUCGAUGAUGCAGCAUACUAUAUUAAUACUAAUUAUAAAAUGUUGAAUUAUCAUUCUCAACUUCUAGAAUUGUUUGCAAAAAUUGUAAGAAACAACUUGUUCAGCGAUAUGUCUGAUUUAGCUAAAGAUUUAUUAAUACAAUAUUAUGGAUUUGGUGCAGCAUCGAGUGGCAAAAAGUUUCUCUCGAUACAUCGUAAUAUCGAAAGAGUAAAGAACGAAGACGAAAACCAGAUUACUGAGCAACAUUCUUUAAUCAGCAAUGAUGAGAAUGUGGCCAAUAAAGAGUUUCAGAAAGAUAUUGAGGAGGAUCGAAAACUUAGUAUUGGAGACGAUUUAUAUCCACAAACCUCACAAGUUUUAAAUAAUUUGGAAGAUGCAUAUGACAAUAAUGAAAAUUUUGACAUAAGAGAUAUCGAUUUUGGUCCGAAUAUUCUUUGUAGCACUGUCGAAAGUGCAUCACCUAAACAAUCAUACGAACAAUUGUCUGAUGUACAUUUACCCGAGCAAUCAACAAAUGAUGUUUCUUCAAAUUAUAUUAAAAUAAAUAUCGAAGAUCCAGAAAUAGAAAUAAAUGAUGACGUAAAAGAUGCAAAGAAAGAUGAACUAAAUUUGGAAAAUAUCGAAGAGACAUUUUCUGACGAUGUUUCAGAAUAUUCUUCCUUGUCACAUAAAGAAUCAAAAACAUUUCUGAAGAGUAAUACAAGUUUACUGUCAAACGAAUCUAUUUCAUCGCCAGUAAUGCCAAAAAAGGAACCUAUUUACAAUGACAUGUUUGCAGAUUUUUCAAAUACAGAUUUAAAACAAUUUCCUAUUGCGAUAUUAAACAAUUUUUCACAAUUAAGGAUGUUAUAUUUGUCGAAUAAUAAUUUGAUCGAAGUUCCUGAUGAAAUUUUCACUUAUUUAAACUAUCUACAGUGGUUAGAUAUCAGAAAUAAUCAAAUUACUUUUUUGCCAGUUAGCAUUAAAUGGCAUAGCUGCUUAGAAACAAUUUUACUUCAAGGAAAUAAAAUGAAGGAAUUACCAUUGGAACUUUGCACCCUAUCAAAUCUAAAAAAUCUUCAAGUAGCAGAUAAUCCACUUAUCAUGCCACCGCAAGAUAUUGUAGCUUCCGGUUGUGCUACCAUUUUGGAAUUCUUACGAAUUGAAUGGAAUAAACUAUAUCCUGAUGAAUGGAUAGAACCCAAAAAAAAUAAAAUUGAACCAAAAUUAUCGACAAUUCUAUGUUAUCAAUCUCCACGAAAAAAUAAAAAGAAAAUAACAUCAUUGAAGGAUACCAUAUGUAAUAAAAAUAUAGCUAUAAGCGAAAAACGUAAAUUAUAUAAGCCAAGUAGCAGAUGUGAAAAUAAAGGUGCAAACAUUAUAAUGGAACAUCGAUUAUUAUGGUUUUCCAAAUUAAGAGAUUUAAUUGCUAAACAAACAGCAACAAUCCAAAAAAUAAAAGAUGAAAAUUUUUUAAAAGAAUGGAGGCGGGAUAAAAGAAGUUAUACCAAAGCUAUGCAGAAAGCAAUGAAGAGAAAUGAAGACGACAUUCCAUUUGACAUUGAUGUUGAAGAUUAUGCUUCUAUAUUCAAACAAAAUUCUAAAUUGAAAAAGUUAAAAUCAAAAAAAAAAGACAAACAAAGAUUUUCAUCGCCUAUAGAUAUUAACAAGAAAAUUAACGAACUGUUAGAAUCCUUAAAUAAACUCGAAAUAAAUACUACGAAUGAAAUAAGUCCUAGAACUAAACAGAACUUGUAUAAAAAUAAAAUAGAAAAGAUAUUACAAUUUCAAAAUGAAAUUCAAAAUUUGCGAAAAUACAAUGAAGUCAAUGUACCAUAUAAAGUAUCAUCGCAAAAUUAAGCAAAAUUUGCAAUGAUAUCAAUACCGAUAUCUUUCUGAUUACACCAGGAGUAUCAGUCUUGACAUGUUUAUUUAAAUAAAUCAAUAGUAAUCACAUAUCGUUUCAAUAAUAUUAAUUACACAUUCAGUACUUAAUACACGACGAGAUAACUGGAAAUAUUAUUGUACGCACAUCGUUUCUUUUUAUUGUUAAAAGUAUCAAAAAGAGAAAACACGUAUUAAAAAAGUUGUCUAUUAUAAAAAAGUUAUGCAUUCGAAAAAUAAUUUGUAUUAAAUAUAGAAUAUUUAUGUAAGAAUGUGCAUUAACAUAUUUUGUGUGACAAAAAAAUAUAUAUAAUUAAUAAAUCAUAAUAUAACUAUAUAUAAAAAUAAAAAAAAGAAAGUAACAAAAUAUAUAAAACAUUUUUACUUUCCAGCCUUCCCGUCUACACAACCCUUUUUUUCUUUGUUGUUUUUUGAUGUAAGAUCGUCGCAAAAAUAUAUAGCGAAUAUAAAAAUUCUACAAAUUGGAUAAUCCGAAUUAAAAUAGAUUUGAUAAUUACGAGAACAAUUUUCAUGUUCGAAACUUUUCUUUUCUUUCUUGUACAUGGCACUGAAUAUAUGAUUCAUUCCAUAUUUAAAGUCGAAAAAAUGACACUCUUAGUCCA